CGCCAAUUCAUUAUUGCAGCUGCUCUCCAUGCAAGCUUUUAUUUUUGAGAAUGUGUCUGUCCUUUUCUCCCUCUUCUUCCGUUCUGUACUCAGAUCUUGUUGUGAUCAUUGGGCGGUGGCGGGCUUAAAGAUGCGGCUUAAAAAUUAACCUCACCUUCCCAGCCAAUCACGUGUUGCGUUGCUUUCUUCCCAAGGUUCUCUACCGUUUUUUGGCCCCAGCCAUAUAACCCAACAACGCCGACAAACCGAAUCAACGUCACCAAUCCGUUUGACAGCUGUCUAGCUGAGCUUUCGCCGGAAGCUGUAUCGUAUCUGAUCGGGGCUUGCAUGCUGCAUGCUGCAUUACUGGGAUACUGAAUCAUAUGGCCCAGUUGCUUUAAUAAUGGCAUUGAUUGGAAUCGGCUACAAUGUUAUUUUUCCUAUCUAUCUAUUCCCCUCCUUUGCUGAACGACUGACUUUUUUUUUUAAACUUUACAGAGCAACUUUUCCCCUCCUGGCAGUUCCAGCGGGACUGUCUUCGUCCCUGUUCCAGGGUAUCCUUUUUUUUUGUUUUGAAACUCGGUUGCCAAUAAUCGGGAAAAACCAAAACAUCAAGCAUGGGGCGGUUUCUUCCGUGAUUUUAUAUUUACAUGCCAACUAACAUGGCAAGAGAAGAAUUGUUAAGUGGAGAGGAGUCGAGGGCAGAGGAGAGCGCGUACCAGCGUCGCUAACAGGGAUGCAUACAUACUGGUGUUCGUUCAGACACAACAACAACCUCUGAGAGAGCCAUUUAGCCAGUCUUGUUGAACCAACGUUCCAGACCGCUAUGUCUCAAAGUUAGGAACAAUCCCGCAACAAGCUUCGGAACCGACCCUUGCUACCAUUAUUCUCAGACGGGGCCCCAUAUUCAUUUUCUUCUCUUCCUUCUUCUCCCUCUUUCUCGAAGUCCCGACAAUCAAGUUCGUUGUCAAUAUCAGUAUCAACGCCGAGAAAACCCGUGCCGAUGUUUUUGGUUUCAACCAGUAAGAAUUGAGGGAUAAUUUCUUUCCAUUAUGUGCCCUAUGAUAGUCUAUGGGGUUAUUAACUAUGGGAACACGGCGCCAAGGGACUCACAUCAGAGUCCGAUGCGUGGAUACUUGGGUUGUUGCUCGAUGGCUGGGAGGAUCGGCUAAUCGAGCUGGGGAGUUGAGUGAUGCACUUCUUCUGCCCGUCUGGAGUGAAAGAAAAGCUACUUAUCCGAUAGUGUUGUUUAUCUUUGCCCGUUUUUGUUUCGUUUCGGGGUUUUUUUUAUUUUAUUUUUUAUUUUUAUUUUUCUCUCUUUCUCAAACAAAAUUGAAAUUUAUGCAUGGCGUAUCCUCUGCAUAAAUUCUGCAAGAGAGCCAGCAAAGAGGCAAAGUCCACAAAAAUUGUCUUGUUUUCGUGAUGUUUGCCCGUCUUGAUUUGGCAGUUUAGCCAUAUCCCUACACUACUCUCUGUGUGGUGUUUUGCUUUGAUACCCUACUCUGAGCAGUUCGGUUAGUUGAUAACAUUGCUUGCAGUUAUUAUCCCCAAUACUAGCUCCGAAAUAAAACAUAUCAAUAUCCAGAACCCAAAAAGGAUGAAAAUAAUCUCACCAACCGUGCUCCUCCCUUUCCUCUCGACAUCAUACCUCAUCACGCAUGCCACCGCAAGGAAGAACGGCAACGAUGCCUUCAACGGCAUACACACAGGCUGUUGUCCAUCGGAGCCUGAAUUCCAACAAGCAAUCUCCCACCCCAAUGCCACCGGCGCAUUGCCCUUCGUAGGCUUGCAUCUAGAUGAUAGCGCCAUAGCUACCCUGAGCAACGAUCGCCCACCAUCAACACCACCGCCCAAGAACUGGACAUGGACAACGGCUGUCAUGGAAGUGCCGCUGGGUAGCAGUGGCAACGGUGAGGGCAACGUAUCCGCCACAAAUCAGAUCUUCACACUGAAUAUACCGGAGGACGUGGAUAUCUAUAGCCCGAGGCAUGGACGGAAUGUAUGCGUGUUGCUCCUAAAGAUGGUUACGGUUAAUCAGAAUGAUCCGGGGGACUGUGAGCAUAUAUUUCCCAGGGUGACGAUUGAGCGGAUGAGAGAGGAGCUUGUGAGGAGGGUUGGGGAGAUGACGCCGAAUAAAGCGAAUUCUUCGCCGUGUGCGGGGAUGCGGGGGCGGACGUCGUGGCAGGAAAUAAUCACUUCCUACCACCGCGCCAACACUACUCUCUUAACUCGCAAAACCCCCACCGCCGCCCAAUACCGCUCCACAACCAACCCGCACCCCGCCACAGACUACUCCCCCUACGACGCCGCCCUCGUCCGCACACAGCCCAUCUUCCUACUGGGCUACUCUACCGAUCCUGAAAUUCUCGCCGGCCCUGCGAUUCUCAAGAUGGAGCUGGCAGAGACGCGGUUGACGUGUGUCAGGGUUCAGAAGGUUUUGGAGGGGAGUCGCGGGGCCGAGAUGACGAGUGGGGGCGCGAUGGGGAGGAAAGGGUUGUUGAUGGGGAUGAGGAUGGGUAGCAACCACGAGAGGGGGGAUUUUGGGGGGGUUUUGGUUUUGUUGUGGGGGUUGCUGUUUUUUUGGUGGGUGAUAUAAUAAGGGGGUGUUCAAUUCUUUUUUUUUUUUUUUUUUUUUUUUUUUUUUUUUUUUUUUUAGGUUUCCUUCUUUUUCCUUUUUCCUUUUUUUU